AACAUAAAAGUAAUUUUGAAGGAGAAGACGAAGGAAAAUGAAGGGGCAUUGAUCUCUCUUCCGGUGCCUCUGUGCAUAAAAUGUGUAUUGUUUAAUCUUACACAUUCAUUAACAUAAAAUUGAAAAUUUAUAUUGAAAAUUUGAAUGAUUCAAGAAAUUUUUACGCAAGGCAACGAUAAAUAUCUAGUACAUAAUGGCAGAUUUAAUACGAAUGGGAGGUGUGGUUGUUAUCCAAAAGGAUAAAUUAGAAUCACCUUCAACAGAAUCGGAAGAUGGUGGAAAUGGAGCUGUUGGCGGUGUCGGUGGUGGUGGUGUUAAUAUAAUUAGUAAUGCAACUACUGCUGGAGGUUUUGAUCUUGCUGAUUUAGCACAAGAAUUAGAUCAAGAUGAAUUUGAUGGACCAAAUUUAUUAAAUGGUGAACGUCCAGCAAUUAUUGCACCACCAGAGAGUGAAUGGUAUCAUGGUAGAUUGGACAGAUUUUCAACCGAGCAUAGAUUGAGAGGUGCUGCAAGACUUGGAAGUUAUUUAGUAAGAGAGAGUGAUCGAAAACCUGGUUCAUAUGUACUCAGUUAUUUGGGACGUACUGGUAUUAAUCAUUUCAGAAUUACCGCAGUUUGUGGUGAUUUUUAUAUUGGAGGUCGUCAAUUUGUAUCACUAAGUGAUUUAGUUGGUUACUAUACAUCAUGUAGUGAUUUAUUGAAACGUGAAAGAUUGGUAUAUCCGGUACCACCGCCAGAGCCGGUAAAUGAUAAAAAACGUGUUGUGGCAAUUCUACCAUAUACAAAAAUGCCUGAUACUGAUGAAUUAAGUUUUCAAAAAGGUGAUAUAUUUUUCGUUCACAACGAUAUGGGUGAUGGUUGGCUUUGGGUAACAGCACAUCGAACUGGUGAGCAAGGAAUGAUAUUUAGAGAAUUAGUCGAAGAUUUAGAUCCAGCUAUAGAUCCAAAUACAGUAUUUCCAUGGUUUCAUCCAAAUUGCACAAAAAAUGAAGCUGUUGAUAUGUUAGUUAAAGCUGGUCCUGGAAGUUUUCUAGUCCGACCUAGUGAUAAUUCCCCUGGAGAUUACUCAUUAUUUUUUCAUAUAAAAAAUACGAUUCAAAGAUUUAGAAUUGAGAAAAAAGGAGUUCGAUAUCUAAUGGGCGGAAGAACAUUUGAAUGUUUGGAUGCAGUAAUAUUAAGAUAUCGAAAAGAACAAAUUGUUGAAGGAGCAACGCUAACUAAUCCUGUUGUUAAUGGAUCACAACCAGAAUUUCAAUCACAAUUUCAUCCAAUUGAAAAAGCAGAGAAAAUUUAUGCUACGUUACGAGAAUGUCGUGAUCAAAUUGGUUUGAAAAAAAUUAAAGGUAUUAAACAUCAUGGUUAUUUAUAUAAAAAAUCAGAUAAGACUGCCAAAUGGAAACAAUUAUAUUUUGCAUUAAUAAGUGAGUCUUCUGAAACUCAUUUAUGCUUUUAUGACAAUCCAAAAAAGACAAAACCAAAAGGAUUAGUUGAUUUAUCCUGCGCCUAUUUAUAUCAGUGCCAUGAUUCACUUUGGGAACGUUCAUUUUGUUUUCAAAUUGUUGAAAGAGCAUUACCAUGUUUAGCAACUGUAACAUAUUUAUGUGCACCUAGUCAAGAUAGUUAUGUCGAAUGGAUAAAUGCAUUAAAACCACAAUGUGUAUCACAAUUGAGCCGUGCUCAAUUAAAAGUACCAAGUCUGAGAGAAUUAAGAUGUUUAAAUUUACAUGUGCUUGAAGCACAUAGAUUACCAUUCAAAUUGGUCCCACAUCCAUAUUGUAGUAUUUCAUUAAAUCAAGUAAAAAUUGGUAAAACAAGAGUUAAAAUUGCACCUGAUCCAGUUUGGGAGGAAGAAUUUGUUUUAGACGAUGUGCCACCAGAUGUCGCCAUAUUAACAAUUACAGUAUUAAGUCGUGGUAAACGUGGUAAGGAUUCCGAAGUAGCAGAAUUGACAAUAGAUUUGGCCAAUUUGAAAAAUGGUCAAGAAACUGAAGAAUGGUAUUCAUUAACUGGGAUGACUCCUGUUAGUGAAUGGGGCUCGUUACGUUUACGAAUGCGUUAUUUAGAUGAUCUUAUUAUGCCAUCUGAUGAAUACAGUCCUUUGCAACAAUUAUUACUUGAACAAGAAUUAACAUCUGUAAAAGCAUUAGCUGAAUUAUGCCAUAAUGAUCGUAUACCAUUAGCAACAUCAUUAUUACGUGUUUUUCGUAAUGAAAAGCGUGAAACAGAAUUAAUUCGUGUACUCUGUCAAGCAGAAAUUGCUCGUGAAAGUGAAACAACAACGUUAUUUAGAGGUGCAUCAUUAGCAACAACACUAAUGGAUUUAUAUAUGCGUGCUGAAUGUACAGGCUUCUUAAUAGCAGCAGUAUCGGAAACAAUACAAAAAAUUUUAGAAACAAAGCAGUCAGCUGAAUUGAAUCCGACUAAGAUGGAUGUAAAUGACGAUGCUUGUUCAAAUGCAGAAUUUUUAUUACAAAUUUUAGAUCAAGUUACACAAUCGAUAUUCACUUCACCAGAUGCAUGUCCACGAACUGUAAGAUAUAUUUGUAAUUGUUUACAAAAAUCUGUUGUUGCCAAAUGGCCAACAGAACGAUGGGUUAGAACACGAGUUGUCUCCGGUUUUAUAUUUUUAAGAUUAAUAUGUCCAGCUCUAUUAAAUCCACGACAAUUCAGUUUAGUUAACGAAACACCACCGACUGCAGCAACACGUUCAUUGGUAAUGAUAGCUAAAUGUUUACAGAAUUUGGCAAAUUUAGUUGAAUUUGGUGGAAAGGAACCAUAUAUGGAAGUUGUUAAUCCAUUCAUAUUAAAAAAUAAAGAACGAAUGAUCGUUUUUAUGGAUCAACUUUCAUCAAUAACGGAUCCAAGUCCUCCACCCGGUCAAUAUAUUGAACCAAAUGCAAAUAAUAUUUGCGCAGAUACAGGACGAGAUUUAGCAACAUUACAUCAUAUAUGUGUGUCAUAUUUACCAGAACUUCAACAACUUAUGAAAACAAAUUCAUCUCUUAAAAAACUUGUUACCGUUACAGAUAUGUUAACAAAGCACAAAUUAAAAUAUAAGGAAAUGAUAAGUUAAAAGUAGUAAAAUGAAAAAAAAAAACACAAAAAGAAAAGGAAAAAAAAUUAAGUAAAAUAAUGGAAAUGAAGGAAAAAAAGAAAAUUAUCUAAAUGUUAAUCACAUACAACGCCAAUAUUGAACAAAACACACAAACAAAAAUAUAUAUUAAAAAAUUUAAACAUUAAUAAAAAUAAGUUAUACUAAUUUAUAUUUAUAAAUUAUAUUGUAUAUGAAUUAUAAAUAUGUAAUUAUUACAUAAAAAACUUUAUGUACUCGUAAUAUCUUAAAAAAAAAUACAAUCGUUUGUCACAAAAAUUUUUAAGUCAGUUUAACGCAAAAUAUCAAUAAAACGAUUUUUUUUUUUUCAUAAAUUUUAAUAUUUUUGUUAUUAUUAUAAAAUUACUUUUUUUUUGGAAAAAUAUGCA